UAAUUUUUUUUUUUUGAAAAGUUGGUCAGUAUAAUAGCAUAGAAAUAAUAUUGAGGGUUAGGCAGCCAGCGGAUUCUCUUAAACCCUAGCCUCCUCCUUCUCCCCAAAAUGACCGGAGAAACAGUAAACCCUAAAGCAUACCCACUUGCAGAUGCGCAGUUGUCCAUCACCAUUCUCGACCUUGUUCAACAAGCUGCUAAUUACAAGCAGCUCAAAAAAGGAGCUAAUGAAGCUACGAAGACUCUGAAUCGCGGUAUAUCUGAGUUUGUUGUCAUGGCUGCUGACACGGAGCCUAUCGAAAUCCUGCUGCAUCUUCCUUUGCUCGCGGAAGAUAAGAAUGUACCCUAUGUAUUCGUCCCUUCGAAGCAAGCACUUGGCCGAGCUUGUGGCGUCACGAGACCAGUUAUUGCUGCUUCUGUCACAACGAACGAGGGCAGUCAAUUACGGUCUCAGAUUCAACAACUCAAGGAUGCCAUUGAAAAGCUAUUGAUAUGAGACAUUUCAGUACGUGCAUUCGGUGUGACGGGCCUGCUUCGGUGGAGGCUUUGACUGAUGAAGCUGUAUCAUUAGACAACAAAGGUUUUAUUCUUAUAUGAUAUUAAGAUUUUUAGUUUUCAGCUUAUUAUGUAUUAUGAGACGGAUUACUCUAUGUUUUGCCAGAAUUUGAGAAAGUUGUGCCAUGAUGCUGUUAUAUCCUAUUUAAUGUGAGUUAUCAUGA